CACGUGAGCGCCGCGCUUUUAUUGGAUUAACGUCGGUUAAUCCGCGCGCUCCCGCCGCUGUCUCGCGUCUCCGGUGUCUUCGCGCGGGAGGAUUCUCUCUCCGUCUGCAGGUGUCCAGGAGAUCAUGACGGAGGAGCACACGACAGGUGGUGCAUGCCUGUCUCAAUCAGACCGCAGGAUGACUGCUGGAGCAGAGGGUGGGGCUGAUGUCACAAAGGAGGCGUGGCCGGCACAACCACGCCCUUUAUCACAUGACCGGGUCACACUAGUAGUGGACGGGACUCAUUUUGUGGUGGAUCCUGCAGUAUUCACAGCUUACCCGGAUACAGUGCUUGGGAGGAUGUUUGGUCGAGCGCGUCAGCACAGUUUCACGCGACCAAACGCUAAAGGUGAAUAUGAAAUCGCAGAAGGCAUCGGUGCCAGUAUCUUCAGAGUAAUACUGGAUUAUUACCGUGUCGGCGUGCUGCACUGUCCGGAGGGCUUGUCUUUGGCAGAACUGCGCGAAGCAUGCGAUUAUCUGUGUAUAAACUUCGACUACAGCACCGUCAGAUGCAGAGACCUCAGUGCUCUCCUGCACGAGCUAUCCAAUGACGGCGCACGGAGGCAGUUCGAGGCGUUCCUGGAGGAGCUGUUGGUCCCGGCGAUGGUUGCGAGCGCUCAGGAAGGAGAACGAGAGUGCCAUAUUGUGGUCCUGACGGACGACGAUAAUGUAGACUGGGAUCACGACAACCCUCCGCCAAUGGGAGAGGAAAACUCACAAAUCCUCUACAGCUCCAAACUCUACCGUUUCUUCAAGUUCAUCGAGAACAGAGACGUCGCCAAAGCUCUGCUGAAGGAGCGAGGCCUGAAAAACAUUCGCAUCGGGAUUGAGGGAUACCCCACCUGUAAGGAGAAGGUGAAGCGGCGUCCAGGUGGGAAGUCCGAGGUCAUCUACAGCUACGUCCAGCGUCCCUUCAUCCAGCUGUCCUGGGAGAAAGAGGAAGGGAAGAGCAGACACGUGGACUUCCAGUGCGUCCGCAGCAGGAGCGUCCCGAACCUGAUCACCGCCAUGGGGGAGGGGCCUCCUCAGGUCGACGAGUUAGAUCGGCUGAAUGGCCCCGCCCCUCCUGGCCCCGACCUAUGACUGAUGGAACUAGAAACACUGACUAGACUAAUACAGCUCAUUCAUACAUUCAUGAGGUCAUAAUUAAUAUUCAGUAUGUCAUUUCAUAUUCAUAAGUAGAUAGACAAUCCAUAUUGAUUUGUUUGAAUUUUGACUCAUUUCAUCCAUGUCACUGGUUCAGUGAACCUAAAAGUACUUGAGAUCUUUUCACCGUUGUGUCCUUGAGCAAGCUCUUGCCAUCACUGCACUGCAUUUGGCCUUGGAUGAAACUAUAUAUGCUUAAUCAAUAACCAGUUAAUCAAAGAACAGUCACUUUUUCAGGGCUUUAGAUUAUUAAAGAUCAAAUGCAUUGUUGCAUUGUUUUAGAAUUCAUUUUAGUCCGUCAGCUCCAUCUAAUGUCAAGGUGAUGGAUAGAAAAUAGUGUAAAUAUAAUUUAUAAAUUACACUUUUUAAGUGUUUCCUUCGUUUUAUAUCAUUUGUAAGUGGUUUUCAAUAAAAGCAUCUGCAGAAAA